AUGCGUGAACUCCUGAAAGAUGAAUUGCGAAAGUUAGAGCGAGACGGCAUUAUCGUUAAGGAAAACCAGCACACUGAGUGGGUUAGCAACAUCGUUCUGGUUAAACGGGGUGGCCAAACGGGGUCAGUUCGUAUAUGCUUGGACCCUAUUCCACUCAAUAAAGCAUUGAAGCGUCCUCGGCUCCAGUUUACGACAAUCGACGAAAUUCUGCCAGAACUAGGCCGAGCGAAGGUGUUCUCUACAGUCGAUUUGAAGAAGGGUUUCUGGCAUGUACUCUUGGACGAGGAAAGCAGUCGGAUGACGACCUUUUGGACUCCUUUUGGGAGGUACAGAUGGGUUCGAAUGCCCUUCGGUAUAGCUCCAGCACCGGAGAUUUUUCAAGCUAAACUGCAGGAAGCAAUUCAGGGACUGAAAGGAGUUGAAUGUUUGGCCGACGACGUGCUAAUCUACGGCUCUGGAGAAUCUUUAAAGGAAGCGUUAGAGGACCACAACCGGAAUCUGAAGGAAUUGUGUAGGCGACUGGAAAGAAGCGACAUCAAGCUGAACCUUAGCAAAUUGAAACUGUGCGAAACAUCAGUCAAGUUUUUCGGGCAUGUUUUAACAAAUCAGGGUUUGAAGGCAGAUGAGAGCAAAAUAGCCACCAUCAAGGAGUUUCCAACGCCAACAGAUCGCAAGCAACUGCAGAGAUUCAUCGGCAUGGUGAAUUACCUCGGGCGCUAUAUCAGAAACCUCAGUGCUGAAAGCACAGAACUACGAAGAUUGAUUUCGGAAAGGGAAACUUGGACUUGGACGGCAGCAGAAGAGAAGGAGUUUAACCGAAUGAAGGCGAUAGUUGCGGAUGUGAAGUCAUUACAGUACUACGAUGUGAACCAGCCACUCGUGAUAGAAUGCGAUGCGAGUUCAUUUGGGAUGGGCGCUGCGGUGUUCCAGGAGAAAGGGGUCAUCGGGUAUGCAUCACGCACUUUGACAGCUACGGAGAAAUGUUACGCGCAGAUCGAAAAGGAGCUUCUGGCGAUUGUGUUCGCGUGUGCCCGAUUCGAUCAGUUAAUUGUGGGUAACCCGAAGACGAUACGGUACAAUCUGGAAUUGCAAUUUGUCACGGGUAAAGAGAAUGUUGUUGCUGAUGCCAUAUCAAGAGCUCCAUUGAACGAGAAGCAGCCCGGCGAUCUUUUCGAUAAGCGAGACAUCUAUCGUAUUUUCAACGAAAUAGAAUCGAUCAACAUGAGCAACUACCUCAGUAUCACUGACGAGCGACUGAACGAAGUGAUUUCAGAAACAAAGACUGACCCUACAAUGCAGAUAAUCAUUCAGUACAUCAAUCAGGGCUGGCCGUCUUCUGUCGAUAGAGUUCCGGACGCAGCGAAGGUGUACUUCAAGUAUCGCGACGAAUUGAGUACCCAAGACGGAAUCGUGUUUAGAAGUGAUCGAAUUGUUGUACCACACUCUUUGAGGAAGAUGCUUACGGAAAAAGUCCACCUGAGUCACAAUGGAAUUGAAGCGACUUUGAAGCUGGCCCGCGCAAACCUGUUUUGGUCAGGAAUGAACUGCCAGGUCAAGGAAGCUGUGAUGCGAUGCGAAAUUUGUGCGAAGUUUGCACCUUCACAACCGUCACCUCCAAUGAAAAGUCAUGCAAUCCCAGUACAUCCGUUCCAGGUCGUUUCUAUGGAUGUCUUUUUUGCAGAGUAUCUGGGAGAAAAGAAAAAGUUCUUGGUGACCGUAGAUCACUUUUCUGAUUUCUUUGAAGUCGAUAUACUCAAAGAUCUUACCCCGAAAAGCACAAUCAAGGUUUGCAAGGUUAAUUUCUCGCGGCAUGGCAGACCACAACUGGUUAUAACGGAUAACGGCACAAACUUUGUCAACGCAGAUUGGAAGCAGUUCGCACAAGAAUGGGAUUUUCAGCAUGCUACGUCGGCUCCACACCAUCAACAAGCGAACGGAAAAGCAGAGGCAGCGGUGAAGAUAACCAAGCGUCUUCUACAAAAGUCCAAAGAGUCGGGAGUCGAUUUCUGGUAUGCUCUUCUCCAUUGGAGAAACGUGCCGAAUAAAAUCGGAUCGAGCUCAGUAGCGCGCAUGUUUUCUCGAAGCACUCGGUGUGGAAUACCAAUGUCAGCAGAGAAUCUCAUCCCGAAGCCACAAAUCGGAGUUCCAGAAGCAAUAGAAGGCAACAGACGCAAGGCAAAGUAUCAUUACGACAAACGGACUCGUAAUCUGCCGACUUUGGAAACGAGGCAACCUGUAUAUGUGCAGCUUCAACCAGAGACUUCAAAGCAGUGGACACCAGCAAACAUUUGCAGCAGAUUGAAUGAGCGUUCGUACGUCGUUGAUGUAGAUGGCGCUCGUUAUCGGCGUGAUCUCGUAAAUCUCAAACCACGUAAAGAACCACCUGUAACGCCUUCCCAGCCAUCAUUGAACAAACCAAGCGCUCCUGACGAGGUACCGACAAUACCAGCGGAUACGUCAAUGGAUUCAACCAGUUGUUCUGCGGCCAACAAUUCAACGAGCAGUCAUGAAGGAUCACAGGAAACGCUUCGAAACGUUGCGGUAUCGUCAACAAGCAAGGCGGCAAAUGGGUCAUCUCGUAAGCAAACCAAUCAACCAGUGGACAGCGUCACCAGACCGAAAAGAACCUUGAGACUGCCGAGUCGUUAUCUUGAUUAUGAAAUGAAUUAA